AUGGGGCUUGUUAGAAUGGAUGCAGUACCAUACAAGAAGAUGAUUAAUGUUAGGAUGUCUGAAUGUGGGAAGAAAACCACAAAGCUCCCCCUUGUGCCAAAGAAAACCAAAUCAGCUCAGGCUGGUCUGCAGUUCCCCGUGGGUCGUGUCUACAGGCUCCUUAAAAGAGGGAACUAUGCUGACAGGAUCGGUCCUGGUGCUGCCAUCUACCUGGCUGCGGUGCUGGAGUACCUGAGCGCGGAGAUCCUGGAGCUGGCAGGGAACGCUGCACAUGAGAACAAGAAAGCCAGGAUCCUGCCCAGGCACAUCCAGCUGGCCGUGAGAAACGAUGAUGAGCUGAACAAGCUCCUCUCCUGCGUGACCAUCGCUUGA